CUGCUCAACAGAGGCACUGAGUGAGUGAGGCACCCAGAGAUUAAGAAAACAGGGUAGACCAGUUCAAAGAGAAAGUCAUAGUAGAGUGGAUAGAAAAUAAAUUGAAGUAGAAAGAAAGGACAUGUGACAUGGAAUACUUUACAAGAACGACCUGAACAGUCACAUUUCUACUUUAUAUGGGAGGCACGAAACAAGACAACCUGUGGAGAUGGGAAGCACAACCCCCCCAGUGUACCUCAAUGUGAGUGCUGAAAUGAUCAACUCAUCGUCGGGCUCUGCAAAGCAUGAGGAUGGUUACAGUGAGCCAACAAUGAUCCUGCUGGGCAUGAUCAUGUCCUUACUCGUCCUGUGCAUUGUCUUUGGCAACAUCCUGGUCAUCACGGCAAUCGGCCGCUUCCAGCGUCUCCAAAAUGUCACCAACUGUUUCAUCACGUCCCUGGCCUGUGCCGACCUGGUCAUGGGUCUCAUCGUAGUUCCUUUCGGGGCCUGUUACAUCAUCUUUGGCACCUGGCAUUUUGGUAGUUUCUGGUGUGAGUUCUGGACAGCGACGGACGUGCUCUGCGUAACUGCAAGCAUCGAGACCCUGUGUGUCAUUGCCAUAGAUCGUUAUUUAGCCAUCACUUCUCCUUUCCGCUACCAGUCCAUGCUGACCAAGUGCAAAGCUCGCAUUGUGGUCGUGCUGGUGUGGGUGAUUGCUGCUUUGAUAUCUUUCCUGCCCAUCCACAUGAAGUGGUGGAUAUCCGACGAUAGGGAAGCUAAGGAGUGCAUCGAGAACAGUGACUGCUGCGAGUUCUACACCAACAUGGCCUAUGCCAUCACCUCUUCCAUAAUCUCCUUCUACAUCCCUUUGGUCAUCAUGGUUUUUGUCUACAGCCGGGUUUUCCAGGAGGCCAAGCGCCAGCUGAAGAAAAUCGACCAAAGCGUCGGACGCUUUCAUAACAGCGACAACAGCACCCUCAAAUGUCUGGAGACCAAUAACGGACGUGCCCACAAGAAGGCUAAGUUUUGCCUGCGUGAACACAAAGCUCUCAAGACACUGGGUAUCAUCAUGGGGAUCUUCACCCUGUCCUGGCUGCCCUUUUUUCUGCUCAACGUGGUGGUGGCCAUAUGGAAGGUGGAGGGCAUUGACCUCACUUUCAGGAUACUCAACUGGAUAGGUUACGCAAACUCCGCCUUCAACCCAUUAAUUUACUGCCGGAGCCCUGAGUUCAGGUAUGCCUUCAAGGAAAUCCUCUGCAUGAAGAGGAACCGUCUCAGCAGCCCCGGGCCCGUGAAUGGAUACAUCUACGACAGGCACAGUUGGCAGAGCGAGCAACAAGGGAGGAGUAAGGGCAGUUCGGAAGACAGUGACGCAAAUGACGGGUGUGUGGAGCAAGGUGCGGGGGUCUGCAGUGUUGUGGACAGAGAGAUGGACCCAAAUGGGAAUUGCAGCAAAGGCCAAAAGACUGCUACGACUGUUCUUUAAGCUUGGAGCCCUAACACGUCAGUUGAUCCAGACACGUUUACACUGCUUUCAUAAACUUUUCCCAUUGACUAAUGAAGGUAAGGCCAGUCAAAGUGACUGGCAGAGAAUGUGCAGACUGCUCUAAACAAACUGUUACAACUAUGUUCGGCAGGGGAAACUGUUUUUCCUCUUUGAACACAGCAAACAUACUGUAAGAGAUCACAUUUCCUUUUGUUACAUUUAUCAGUUUCAUUUUACAUCUACCUCAUCACUUCUUUUUCUUUCUUAACUUACUCUAUGUACUACUUCACACAACUCCACAGGACUUAAACCAGGGCAGUUUCUCAUAUGUUCAUUUACUCAGAUAAAUUAGUCUGUGGGUUAUGAAAUUGCAAAUUAUCGAGCUCCAAUUGGAUUUGUGUUUUUUUUUAUCUUGGAUUUUUGGUGAAAGAUCUCACAAUUUAGUUAGUAUAAAAUAUUUUGAAAUUCAAAGGGGUGUUGUGAUUCUGUAAAAUCCAUUUAAGCACACCAAAUAGGUAUGGAUAUUAAAUAAUUUAUUUUCAUCAGAAAAUGGACAAGGAGUAAUGAAGGAUCAAAUAUAGUACGAUUGAUGCUUUGUUUUUUUGAAGAAAUACAUUCCGAUUCAAUGAUUAUAAUUUGGCUUCAUUUACUUUCCAAGUCAGUUUUAUUGUAAUGGUUUUCUGAGAAAAAGAUGUUCAACAAAAGGUGUGGCAGAAUCUGUCUCUCUUUCCCUCUCUCUCUCUCUCACUCUCUGUCUGUCUCUCUCACACACUCUCUCGCUCUCUCUGUCUCUCCCUCUCCUUUCUGUUCAGUGUCGUGAGGCCCGCCUCAUGAUGUUUUCCAGCCUGUUGCAUGGUGGGAGCAUCUGCUGUCAGCAGAUAGUACCAGAUAUAUGCAUAUUCGCCGUUAUCUACAUCUCACUGGUGCAAGCUGAGAAACUGCUGCAAGCGUUUUUUUCCCUUCUUGAGCAUUUGCAUCUGUGCAUCAAGUAAAACUUAUAUUUGGUACAUUAUAAAAGCCAUCACAUAAGUGUAAGGCAAACUAACACUCCUGUCCUCACUUGGUGCCAGUAACAGUUGUUCCUAUUGCUAAACAAACCAUGUUUGUUUAUUAGAUUGUGUGGUUGCUGUGUUUCAGCUUGAACAGUGUUUACUGAAACCACAGAAGCUCCUUCCUUAGCCAUGGCACAAGGGUACAAACCACAAACAAUAAUAAACAGCACGUAGAGUCAGCCAAAUGAUAACAAAAUUCCAUGCCAAGACACGGUGGCCAUGAUAUUCAGGCCGAUAAACAGAAAUAAGAAGAGCAGACAAAAAAAUGUGCACCUUUGUCACCGCGCCCGGACAUUUCCCAGAGUCUCCUCACUGUAAACGGAUGUCUGGAUAUUUAUGAAAUCCGUCUUAACGUUUGAAUAAGACACUCAGGAGUGCAAUGAGCGGUCCGCUGAGUGGUGCCGCAGCUGUUCCAGUUGUUUCAGUCACUCUGCUUUAGACGCCUCUCUGCGUGCAGUCUUCAGGAAAUGCUCCCAAUCCAGCUGCGCCCAGCCCACUAAACACAAAUAAAUCCAUUAUCUCUGCUGUUGAGCUGGAGAAUGAGAUAAGUCCCCAACAAAAACAAUACUAUCGUGCAGGUUGUGAUGAGACUUUUUCUGUAAUCACCUGCCGAUCUCAGGCUCCUGGGAAGGUCACUUCUUGACCCCUGCAAACAGCAUGCAGGGCUUUAUAUGUCAUUCCACUUUUCUCACACUAAAUGGUCCGCAGUGACAUUACUCACCAGAGGAGUCAUGAAGGUGUUACUGUGGAUGUGACCCCCUUCCCCCCCCAGACGGUUUGGCAACCUCCAUGUUCUGAUUAAAGUGACAGCAUGCUAAAUGUGGCUGCUGGGAGUUGGGGGCUGGGGAUUCUCUGUCAGUCUAAAUCGGUGUUAGUGACCUGUGUUUUCGUCCAUGGUGCCUCUGGAGUAAGAUCAGCUCACACUGUCAAAACUGUGAACUUAGUUCCCUCAAAGGAAUCUCUAUUUACUGUAUCACUGUUUAGUCAGCGCGGUUGUCACAGACCUUAGGGACAGACGUAAAUACAGUUUCAUCAUACGUCAGUGUUGCUCUGUGAAAAACAAGCUUUCCAGCUUUUUGAUGGAUUUACAGCAAAGUAAAUGCAGGGGUGGAGCGCUUUUACCCCCUCCAGCAUUUUCACUGUACAGUAAAGCACAAAGCACAAAACAGAUUCUAGACCAAGGUUUUUGAUCCAUUGUAUUUAUUCACUCUGAAUUAAUCAAUGCAUUGACACUAUUAAUGAGUCACAGGAUUAAAAAAAGAAAUCUGUAUUUAAACCAUCUGUCGUUUUUAGAAGCACUUCCCAAGCUAUGGUUCGCAUGUCUUGCUAUAUAUUUGUGGUGAUGUGUUUUUUGUGGAUUUUGGUGACACUUUCUUUCAAAAGUGAUCUGUUGUCAUCCAAGUGGAACCGGUUGUGAGCUAUAUAUUCACACUGCUCCCUCCUGGCAGUGGCCUCUCCUUGCAUCUCAGCUGUCCCACAGUGAUUCACGGUUACUGUUUCAUCGAUAAACCUGUAUAAUAAGGAAUGUAACUCAUGUCUUCACCUCCUCCCGCUGGAGGACACAGCGUACUUAUGUGCAAUGAGUCCUGAAUGAUUAGCUUACACUACGACAUUCCAGUCUUAGAGAGAGUAUAGAAAUGUGGAACUUAUGUGUCAGUGUAAAAGAAUUUGAUCUAUGGCAUUGAUUGACACAGUUUGAAAUGAUAAAGGCUCAGGUUGGCUAAAGCUAAUGCAAUCCUCACUUAUUCAUCUUUGCUCCCAUUGAACACGAUCAGCUCCCCCACAGCGUAGAUCUGAUGGUUCACUCACCUACAGCAGCACUGUGUAGCACUUUCAUGAAACAUCUGUGGUAUUUUUGAAAAAAAAUGUUUGAACUAUAAAUAAUGGCUGAAGAGAUACUCUGGUUGACUUGUAACGUAAUAUUUUUCCCUGUUUGUGACUCAACACAAAGUUGACAUGAGUUGUCGCUGCGACAUCUCGUGUCGUUGAUUCUGGACUGUUCUGGUAAAUCGAUGUAUGUAAAUGUGAAUCUUCUAUGAAAGUUAAAUAUCGUUACAGCCGUCACAUGACAAGUCAAACCUAUAAUAUGUGAACUUCCUUUUUUGUGGCCAGAGUGAAAAAGUCAUCACUCAGCUAAAUGUUUACUAAAUGUUUGCAAGCUAUUUUCGCACAAGUUUUUUUUAUUUUCACUGUAAAGGUAACGAAGCCUGUUACAACAUGUGGUGUCCUGUGAUAUUUAUGAAAAAGCAAAUGUGUAUGUACUGUAACAUUUGUGUUGAAAUAAAUUAUGAACA